AUGGAGACGACGGCCAAGUCGAACGAUGGCAUUUGGCUCUACGACGACACGCUGUACGCCGAGACGCUCACGGCGUACCCGAGCCGCGGCCACGACAGCUACGAGUUUUACCCGCACAAGAUCUCCGAGACCGACGACCCCAACGGCGCCUUGCGGCCCGGCGGCGCGCUCGACCUCACGAGUGCCGAAGCCAUUGGGCUCCUCGGACAGUACGUGGCCGUCGGUGUCAUCUACGGCUUUUUGCCAGCACUCGCAUACCCUGUCUACACGCAGUACCUCAAUUUCUCGGGGUACCAAGUCGCGUCCUACUCGACGCUUGUGAGCAUUUCGUGGUCGCUCAAGAUCUUCUUUGGUGUGCUCACGGACUGCUUCCCGCUGUUUGGCCUCAAGCGCAAGCCGUACAUGAUCAUCGGGUGGCUCCUCUGCAUCGCCGCGCUCUGCGGGCUCGCGUUCCGGCCGUUCCCAGACCCGUACCUCCCGCGCGCCCUCGCGGCCAACCUCACCGACGACGUCAUUCCGCGCGUCCGGGGCGGCGACUUCUCGGACCUCUCAGCGGACCAAGUCGCGAUGCUGCACCCGUCGGCCAAGAGCGAGGCGCUCUACUACAUCCUCCUCUCGAGCAUCGCAGGCUUUGGGUAUGUCAUGGCCGACGUCGCCGCGGACGCCAUGGUCGUCCAGUACGCCCAGCGCGAGCCGAUCGCGACGCGUGGAAAGCUCCAAUCGGCGAUUUACGGCACGCGGUACGCAGCGUCGCUCUUGCCGUCGCUCGUCACGGGGUUUUGUCUCAACGGGCACGAGUUUGGUGGCAGCUUUGACUGGGCGAUCAGCCUCAACGUGCUCUACGGCGUCAUGCUCCUUCCGUGCGUCGUCGCCAUUCUCUGUGUCAUUUUUCUCGUUCAAGAAGACCGCGAGUUUCGCCCGAUGCUGCGCUACUACGUGAGUACGCUCUGGCGCCUCUUGACGCUGCGGGUGACGUGGCAAAUCUGCGCGUUCCGAUUUUGUAGCAACUUUUGCUACAAUUUUUACGCGACCGCCGCUGUGAUCAUUCCGAUGCAGUGGGCCCGCGUCGAGCCGCUCGUCGCGGCUGGCUUUGACGUGCUCAACACGCUCCUCAUGUCGGCGUGCAUCUUUGCCGUCGGGCGCUGGGGCGUCAACAUGAACUGGCGCCGCGCGAUUGCGAUUGCGACGAUCGCCGAGGUCGUCAUCGACGGGUCCGUCAUGCUCUGCACGACGUGGGAUGUGGUCCGCAACCAGUUUUUCUUCAUGGGCGUGACGACCCCCGACACGAUUCCCGGCGCGGUCCGCUUUGUGAUUUCGGCGUUUUGUGCCGUCGAGAUUGCCGAUGUUGGCAACGAAGGCGCCGUGCACUCGCUCGUCACGUCGAUCGUCAACCUCUCGGACCCGGUCGCGACCAUGGUCUACAAGUACGUCGACUCGUUCUUUGACACGGAGGCCGACGACCUCGCGACCGACACGCUGCACGUUCGGUGGCAGGUCACGUACACGCUGCUGAUUGCUUACGGCAUGCAGUUGGCGUCGCUGGCGUUUCUACCGCUGCUGCCGCCUCAAAAAGCCGCCGUGCAAUGGCUCAAGAAGCGCGGCGGGACGCACGCGUCGGCGGCUGUUAUCAUUGUCAUCUGCUACUGCGCGGCGCUGGUGUUUUCCGUGACGACCAACAUCAUGUCACUGUAUAGUGCCACGUCGUGCCUGCGCAUUGCUGGCGGCGACGGCCGGCCCGUGCGCGACGCCUUGAACCGAACGAUUUGUGGCUAAUCGUCGUGAUGUUACACGGUUUAUUUAAACCAAAC